UUCGCUAUAAUUGGUAUCAGAACCGACGUUUCUCGGACCCAAUUCCACAUUGCUUAUUCACUAUUACUCCCAUACGCAAAAUUCCUACGAAGGAGCAGACCCAUUUCUUCCAUGCUCAAGUUCCGAGCAGCUUUCAUGGAGUUACCAAAAUCAGUAUUUCCAUAUCUAUUCACAUGAUUCAUAUAAUCCAUACUAGGUUCAUGAUGGUGAGAUUGAGAAAUAUAUUUCAACUUAACCUAGGCUAAUCAGCAAUGAACAGUCUAUUUUUGAUGAAAUUCUCUCGUUGGUGCGAGAGAACAUUCGACGGUCAGAGCAAUUUCGGAGUGAGGGUGAAGCCUAUCGAAAAUGGACUACCACUUCUCUAGAUUCCCCUAAUAUCGAGUUUAAUGGAGGUUCCCCAGUUUCAACGGCUUUGAUAGAGUCUACUUGCUUGCUCAACACGAGCACUUUUGAACUAGACACCAAUGUAACACUUGAUUUAACAAAAAAUAGUUCUAGUGAAUCUGUUAUUUUUCCUUCAUCUGUGGUAUCGUUUGACCUCACUUGCCACGAUCUUGAUGAUGGACCACCAUUGAAAUCUGAUGAUGAAAAUGCUAUAGUUUUGGGUAGCAGCGGCAAUCAUAUGAUCGACAAAAGUCCUCAACAAGAUAAAACUGGAGGGGUUGAACUUGGGUUAGUAAGAAGAAAUGAGAAAACUUCUGAAAAUAUGGGAACAAGGUGUUUGAUGAAAGUCCUCAAUGUAACAAAACAAGUGGCAUGUUUCAAUAUAGUUUUACACAGUUGCAGUGGUUCCAGAAAUUUGAUGCUUCAUUCUAUGUUUGUGAAAUGGAUGUUAACGGUCCAAUUUUUAAGGAAGAACUACAAUCUAAAAUUAUUUUUGGUGAUUUUUCUGUGAUGGUGAAGAUAAGAUACAAACAUAUGAGAGAUCAAGGAAAAUUCAGAAAAUAACGUGGAUCAGGUGUUUGAUGAAUUUCUCCAGCAGGAAGAAACUGCAUUUUUGGGUGAACUUCAGUCCACAAAAGAAAUGGAAGAAGUGAGCAAUGAGAAAAUAGGUUAUUUGUUCCUAGAUAACAUACUGAAGCCUAGUGAUGAAUCAAUUUCAAUCAGUAACAUUUUUUGUUAUGUUCUGUUUAAUCCCAAUGUAUUGUCACUUGGUUAAAAUUGGGAUGGGAUUGUAGCGUUUUAAGUUCCAGAUGACAUUGAUCUCAAUUCUAACAAUGGUCAUUUAGAGGCCAAGCAUUUUGUUCUUGGGAAUGAAAUGUCAUGGGAUGAUUAUCAUUAUCUCAAUCCUUCAUUCAUCUUCGAAAUGGUGGAUUCUGGAAAACAUGAAGAUGAGAAAAACAUUGAAAGUAGGGGAGAUGUCUCUAUUGAGUUUGUCGGCAUCAAAGGGAUAAUUUUGGAGCUAUUUCAUUGGAUUCCAAUAGAAGUUCCUCUGUCUUUGUUGAAAUUGAGAAUAACAUUGCAAAUAACAAUAGUUAUGAUUUUCGAGAUAAUGAGGUUGUAGUGGAAGAUGAUAAAAAGAGGAGGAAGUAAUUGAAGUAAAUUUGGAAAAAUUGGAGGGUAUUUGGUCCCUGUUGUAGAGUAAUUGUAUUGUUCAUAGAUCUAGACAGUCUAGUCUGGAGGAAAUCAUGUUGUACUUGAUUGAGGAGCUUGUUAGAAUGCUGGAGACACCCUAUGUUCCCAGGGUAAUUUCCUUAUUCAAAUGUAUUUUGACGAAACCCAGUUUUCAUGGACGAGGAGAGCAAUAGAGUUGUUGGUUACCGUAAUUUGUAUGGAAUGUGGGGAUGCUUAUGCUUUUUGGAAUUUGGUGGAGGAUAAUGAGAUCCUAAGUAUUAAGAUUUUCAAUGAAUUGAUUGCUCUGCUUUCAAGAUUGGCUCUUUGUAGGCGUUCAAUUUAUGACCGGGCUUCUACUUUUCUCGAAAAGAUGCUAAGUGAUGAUAUGUUUCUAGUUGCUAAGAAAAUAGGAAAGCUAAUUUCUCCUUUGCACAAAGGAAAUAAGUCUAGAGAUGUACACCUGGUUUACUUCAUAGGAAAUGUGAAAAAUAUUGUUCUGCUUGUACCAUCCCUGUCAGUCAAACUCAAGCACAUCUUCAGUUUAUCUCCAACUAAUGUUCAUUUUGAAUUGCCUAUUGUGUUAUAUAAGAAAGUCCCACUCCUUACUUCGUGUUCUCUUAAUGGCCCUAAGAAAGCUUUGUGCACUGAUGUCAAGUUUGUUCAGGAAAAAAUAAUGUUAGUGCCAUCAAAGGUCUCAAGCGGUGGUACUGCAGCAAAUUGGGUUUCUAUUAUAGAAUGUGUUACAGAGUGGAUCUCUAUAAUGGAAAAUGGAAGACAAAGGCGCCUAAUUGUUUUCAGAAGAAUGCUCAUGCAAGAGAAGAAAUGUGGUUACCGGAAAGUUGCACAUUCUUGGAAGUUACUCAUGUAACUGUAGGGAUUGUUGCAAAAAGUGUAUUACUUCCUAUCGAGCAAUGGGGUGGAAGAGAUCGCCUUCUAUCAGCCUUGGUUUAUGCAAUUCUUGAGAUCCAGGUGCCCCGAGGUCGAGUGAGAGCUUUCAGUCGUUCAACAAUUGCCGGGGAUUUCGAGGUAGUUGCAUGGCGUCCGCAGCCCUGAUUUCUCCCUUCUAUCUUAUUACUUUUCCGCAUUCCUAAACUAUCUAUGUAGUAUGUUGUUCAGAGUGUGGGUUGUGUAAUUCAUAUGUCUUGAUGACUUUCGCAUA